CACACACACAGAAAGAUAGAGAUAGACAGGCAGACAGACAGACAGACAGAGGUCGCUCAUAUGUACUGCUGAACUUCAGAGCUAUCAGUUAUAAAAUGAAUAGCAAACAAUUAACGACUGAUUUGUGAAGCUCUGAACUUCGGCUGAACUUCAGGUUCAACAUUUUGGCUCGCAGGAUAAUAUGAUAGCUCGAGAUAUUUCACCUGAACUCAUGGGUCCAAAGAAAUGCUACUACUAAGAACAAUACUGAAGACAUCAAAAUCUAUGAAAUAACAUCUGAAACAUGUAUGGAAUUAGGUGGUAACAAAAAAAAAAAAAAAAAGGUUGGAUACUUUAGAUUUACCUUUAUGACUCUUUACACACUAUUGUUCAUCAUCUUACCCAGCUUCAUGAGGUCGUCACCUGAAAUGCUUUUCAAUUAACAGGUGUCUCGUCAAAAGUUAAAUUAGUACAAUUUCUUGCCUUCUUAAUGCAUUUGAGAUCAAACGGUAAACAUACAGUAAAUAGUCCUAUUCCAUAACCGCAGGAAUCCAAAUAUCAAUUAAAGAAAAAUGACAUUAAAGACACGAAGGGACCUUUAAUUAAAAUAAAUAAAUAAUACACAGAAAAACUUUUGAAUAGGAAAGUGUUCAACCGGUGUUUGACUGGUAUUCUAGAUUUUAACAAUAAACUAUGUAGUACAUUUAUUACAUCUUUGUAAUACUGUUUUGCACACAAUUGACCCGUUAUAUGCUGGUUAUGUAUUCCAGAGGACGAGACUGCAGCUGGGGCCUUUCCUGAAUGUGUUCAACCAUAAAUCGUGCUCUUCCUUUUAGUUUCAGUUGUGAGGGACCAGUAAACUCUAAAAGACUUCAUGGGGGAGUGUCAAUGUCUAGCACUCACAGAUUCAGUGCGAGUGGCAGGGUCUGGGCCAAUUAUUCUCAUCAACAAUCAGAGAUGGACUGGACCUGGCACGAACUAAUGGCAAUCACAGAACUGCAGGAAUUUGAAGUACCCAAUGAGAAUCCAUUUGAAGCUGGUCCAUAUAUCUCCAUGGAGCAAAUGGUGCAUUAUGGAAGUUGUGGGAUGAACCUGGCAGAACCGAACCCACCCACCUGUCAGGCAAGCCCUGCUGCUGCUUUUGAAGCUGGGUAUGCUGAUGCAAUAUCCCCAUACCAACGUUUGAACCCAAACAUGGAGAUGCACUAUGGACAUGGUGGGUGCCAGGCUACCAGAUUACCACCAAAUGCACCACCCUUUCAACAAUCACUCAUGAGCCUCUUGGAUCCCAUGAACACCAAUCAGGGACAGGGGAAAAACUGCAACGGGCACCCAGACGAUCUCGAGUCGGACUCUGGUCUUUCUUUGGGCUCAAGCCCACCACUUACCUCACCCGAGAACGAAGGCCAUGGGGCGCUUACAUAUUUACCCCGAGACGGCUAUACGGAUGGUGACGUAGACUGCAUUGGAAACCCAGGUCACAUGAGACCAAACAUGAAUGCGCCUGUGGAUUAUUCACACACAUUUGGCACCUACUCUGGACAUUCAUACUUCCCAGUUGCACCAAACCAACAACAUGCCCAGCAGCACAUGCCUCAUUCACACCAGCAUAUAAGCGUCAUGAAACAGCAGCUUCUUCCUGCGACUCUGCAUGACUCGCAUGCAAGCGCACCAAGAGCAGUCUCCUUCCAGUCACCACACCCCAAAAUAAAAGAGGCUGGGGUCUCUGGUCCGCUCACCAGGGACGAACGGAGAGCAGUUGCACUCCAAAUCCCUUUUCCGCUUGAAAAGAUAGUCAACCUGCCGGUAGAUGACUUCAACGAGCUACUAAGCAGGCAUGCGCUAAGCGAUGCCCAGCUCACACUUGUGCGCGACAUCCGCCGCCGUGGCAAGAACAAGGUAGCGGCACAGAACUGCCGGAAGAGGAAGCUAGAAAACAUCGUGCACCUGGAGCAUGAGCUGGAUCAGCUGAGAGCCCGCAGGGAACACCUAGCACAAGAGAGGCUAGAGUUCCAACAAAAUCUCGCCAUGCUGAAGUGUCGUCUCUCUGAGCUUUACGCUAAAGUAUUCUCCCAGUUACGGGAUGAGGAAGGACACCCGUAUUCUCUGGAGGACUAUUCGCUCCAACAAAGCAAUGAUGGUAACCUUUACCUUCUGCAACGAAACGACUCAUUGGAUGGGGAAUGAGUGAGUGUCUUACAGAAUUAAGUAUAUGGUUAAAAACUGGAUGGGCCAAAAUCAUUAAAAUAUUCUAUUUAAAAAAAAAAAAAGUUUUUACAGGUCACUGAUCCAGCCAAGACGAUCAUCCUCAGGGCCACAUCCAAAGACAACACAGCAUGCUGGCUACUUUCCUGAACAAAAAUAAAAGUGGUUCAUCUUUCAUGAUACCAUGUACAUAGAAUUAAGCAUUAACUCACAGGCAUCAUGCGUCAUCACUUAAAAAGCUUUAUUUACAAAGUAAAAACAUGGAUGUAAAGAGAGAUCAUCUCCACCACAUCUCUUUGGUCCUAAAACAAAGAGAAAAGAAAGAAAAAAAACCUUAGCAUGUACUGAAUUACAUCUCAAGCAUCACAAUGGAGGGAAAAAACAAACAAUUACCUUCACAGUGCCUGAAGAAAACAGGCAAAAAUCAUCCAUUCAGGAUCAGAAAUGCUUUGCAUCAAAUUCCUAGAAAGCAGACCACAAAAUUUGCCAAUCAGUACACAAGACAAGAACACUGCAUGCAUUAAACUGAAGGGACAGAAUCGAGUUACACUGUUAAGCAAUGUACGUUUGUACCAGUUCAUUGGUCUCUGUAGUUACUUUCCUUUUUUUUUUUUUUUAAAUUAGGACACUGAAUGCAAAGUUCAGAAUACUGUACUGCAUCUACAAUGAAUAAAAUGAGUUGUGUCCAGUGGUAA